CGCAAGUCGCUGCCGCGCAGUGAUGAUGGCGGUGCGUGAACGCGCAGUAAAAGUAAUGGCUGCUCUGGUUCGGAGGGUGCCUAGCCUCGAUGAUUUUGUGGGUGAAAGCUGGUCGAGCUGGGCGGAAUGGGCCGGUAUAACAGCUGCGGAUGGUCUUGGUGUAGAUGACUUUAACAAGAAUGAUAAAAAAGCAGCUGAAGCCAUGCCUUUAAGUAAAGAAGACAUGUCCAUCUUUGGUCUGUUUCCGGGUCAUGAUGACUUCUACUUGGUGGUAUGCAACCAUUGUGGACAAGUAGUGAAGCCACAGGCCUUUGAGAAGCACUGUGAGAGGAGACACGGACCUCUGGCAAAGCUAUAUGCUAAACUACGUACUGUCAACCCUGCUUCCCAACCUUCGCGACCUCUGCACAACCAUUCCCCCUCCCAUGCCACCCCCCCUCUCUCUGUGUCAUCUUGGGAAAGUAAAAACCAAGUGUCGGGGCCAGCACGCAAUACUCCACCUUCACGUAAUAGUCCUUCACCUGCCACUCCUCCGCAGUACAGACACUCCAAGAGCCCCAAGGAUGCUACUCGACAUUCACCUUUGGAGAAGUCCUCGUACAACAUCCACUCUGAGCCUAAGGUGUUCAAGGCACCUCCCAUUCUGGAGCCUCAGAUGAGCUCUCCUCCUGCGUCCCUCAGAGAUCCACCCUGGCCACAUGGAGGGGGCCCACCCAUUCGGUCCACACUCAGUGAGCGGCCUCCCACUCCUAAGAAGGAUGCUCUGCUGUCCUCUUCUGUACCAGCUCACCGCAUUCCGAGAGCCUAUAAUAAAGUGGCUUCCAAACGAGAAUGUGACUUGGACAAGCAUUGUGGAGUCCUGGACCCUGACAGAAAGAAAAUUUGCACUCGCCUUCUUACAUGCAAUAUUCACUCCAUUCACCAGAGACGGAAGGUACUUGGCCGCAGUAAAAACUUUGAUCAGCUUGUGGCAGAGCUCAAAACCAAGGCUCGUGAAAAAGGGUUCCAAAACAUUGAAGGAGGCUUGGGUGUUAAACAUUCACCCAGCCCAGAGGCUCCUAAAGACCAAGCUGGUUCCCCACACUGCAGGAGACCCCUGACAAACCAUCCUGCAUUCAGUCAUGCACUAGUUCCUUCAGAGAAACCUGCAGAGGAGGAGGUCACCCAGGAGGAGGACCUUUCUAGUUCCCCCACACCUGAGGUUCCCGGGGGGCUCUCUAGUGAUGACAGUGAGGGAGGGUCACCAGAGGAGUCAGCGGAGUACCACUUUACAGCUGCACAUCCCAGACCACUAGCGGUGUGUUCAUUUGGGAGCCAUGCUGUAGGUCAUGGCAUCUUUACAUUUGACCGCAGACUGCAUCACCUGAGGUCAGCACUCAGCAACAUGAUUGAGCAGCACAUCAGUGCUCAUUUGUGGAAAAAAAUACCUCAAGUCACAGACCUACAAUCUCCACCUUCCUCCACCAAAACUAGCUCAUCAUCUUCAUUACAUUCUAAAGUGCGGACAGGAAGUCACAUUGGCUCAUCAUUAAAGACCCCACCCUGCACCCCUUUGUCCAGUCAUGGGACAGUCAAGAUGACCCCCCCCCAUUCGGGCAGCUCGGGAUUUAACAGUGGUGGAGCUGAUGUGAACUCUGCAGUGAAACAUACUGGGACCAAGAACGCAAUGAGGCGUUCCAACAAACAAAUGCUGAAGCUUAGAGAAGAGGUAGCUAAUGCAGCUGCCCUACGGAAACGCAAAGCCCCUAGUCAGGACGGAGAACACUCUGGGCCUAACAGGAACUGCACCCCUCUACAGGACCGAUACCCCCCCUCUACUCACACUGCACCUUUCUGCUGCCCUACGAGUUCUCUCUCCUCUGCACUACCACAUGGACAGACCAACGGCACACAGUCACCUAGCGCCAAACCCCGGCCCCAUCCCUCACCAACAGAUUCCCAAUGGAGCCAUAAACGAACUCACCCCCCGCCAAUAUCCUCCGCCCCAAGUUCCACUCUGAACAAUAACUCUCAAAGACGUGGUGCCACAGGAGACUCAGGAUCGCACAGUCAGGUCACUGCCAGGAGCCUGGACCACAGCCUGCUCAAAAAACGCAAAGGCAGCUCCACAGAGGAACGGUUACCCACAUCAAAGUCCCCAGUUCCCCAGCACAGACUGCCAGCAGCCACUCCUGUCCCCUCCACUCCUCCUCGCUCCAGCUUCUACACUAUGAAAGAUGGUAAGACUGGAGCACUGUCAAGGGGCAUGGACAAGAAACUGGCCACACAAAAGCCAAAACUGCACCAUUAAUUGUGCCUGCCACACAUGCCUCUACAAGAAGACUGAAGUGCUCUGCCAAGGCUGUGGACAGUUUUCUGUAAAGAAUAUGCUGAGUCUGGAGUGCGGAGUGAAUGCAGGUUAUUGGAGUAUGUUGAUGUGAAUGUCUAUGAUGAAUGUCUGUCCAAGUGGGAAUUGGAAGCUGGUAUGGAAAGAUAGAAAUACCUCAAUAUAAUUUAUGCUGCUAAAAUAAACUUAUUGUUUAUAA